UAUUCCCGAAACCUUUUGUCAGGGGCAAUAAUGUAAAUAGACAGAUGACCCCCGAUUCUUUGUCGACGAAGUUGAUUAUUGCUGUUGUCAUAUUCCUUUCGACCCCUGCUUUGCUGCGCUUGAGAAUCUCUCCGACUUGAGUUUUGUUGGAGAUAGAGUGAAAUAAAGAAAUUAAUUGGUUUCUAAGAGGCAUGGGAAAGGAUUCAAAGCCUAAGGAAUCUGGGAAGGGAAAGGGGAAACAGGCAGCAAGUGGAAGUGAUGAGAAUACUUCAAAGGGUAAGGGAAAAGGUGGGAAGGGUGCAGAUGGGCUAGGUACCUGCACCUAUGUCAAAGCAAGGCAUAUAUUAUGUGAGAAGCAAGGGAAGAUCAAUGAGGCAUACAAGAAGCUGCAGGAUGGCUGGCUCAGCAAUGGAGAUAAGGUGCCACCAGCAGAGUUUGCAAAGGUAGCACAAGAGUAUUCAGAAUGUCCAUCAGGAAAGAAAGGUGGUGACCUUGGCUGGUUUCCUCGAGGAAAGAUGGCUGGGCCAUUUCAGGAUGUUGCUUUUAGCACAUCUGUUGGAGCUACAAGUGCACCUUUCAAGUCAACGCAUGGGUACCACAUUAUCUUAUGUGAAGGAAGGAAAAACUGAGCCUUUAACAAGAAUGAAGCGUAUUUCAAUGGUGAAGAGAGCAUGUUACCUGUUCCUUGAUCAAGUGCUUGGAGGUUGCUUCAUUAUCUUAUGAGACUGAUUUAUAAUUUAAAUAAACAGUUUCCCGUAUGUAUAUUAGGCUUGUUUGCUAAUGCCUGGGAGAAUUGACAUCAUAUAUGAUUCUGAGUGGAUCCUAGAGACUUGGCAUAUUUUAAUGGGCAAAAAGCGAUGCAUAAUAUUUUUGUGAAA